CCCCGCCCGCCUGCCGCGCGGCGGCCGCGACCGCCAGUCCCGUGUCCCUCCUCGGCCGCCGUCGCCGCCGUUUCCCCCGUGUCCCUGUCGUCGUUAUCCCCGUGUCCCGCCGCCGGUUCGCGGCCAUGGUGUUCCAGUGCCAGCGGGACAGCUGGGCCCGGCAGUUCAUCACCAAGGUGGUGUCGUGCCGGGCGGCGGAGCUGCGGCCCGAGGGCGGCGGGGAGCCGGUGCGCGGCUUCCAGGUGGUGCUGGAGGACACCAUCCUCUUCCCCGAGGGCGGUGGGCAGCCGGACGAUCGCGGCCUCAUCGGGGACGUGCCGGUGCUGCGGGUGACCCGGCGGGGACCCGAGGCUGUUCACUUUGUCCCGGCGGCGCUGGAGCCCGGGACCGAGGUGCUGCUGUCGCUGGACUGGGAGCGGCGCUUCGACCACAUGCAGCAGCAUUCAGGACAGCAUCUCGUCACCGCCAUCGCUGACCAGAUGUUCGGAUUCAAGACGACUUCAUGGGAGCUGGGCCGCCAGCGAAGUGUCAUUGAGCUGGACACCCCCUCCAUGACAGCGCAGCAAAUCGACGCCCUGGAGAGGAGCGUGAAUGAGAAGAUCCGGGCAAGGAUACCGGUGACCGUGAGGGAACUGCCUGCGGACGACCCCGAAAUUGAAACGGUGAGAAGCCGCGGUUUGCCCGACGACCACGCGGGGCCGGUGCGAGUCGUCGACAUCGAAGGCGUCGACUCCAACAUGUGCUGCGGGACUCACGUCUCCAACCUGAGCGACUUGCAGGUUAUUAAACUCCUUGGCACAGAAAAAGGGAAAAAGAACAAAACCAACCUGGUUUUCCUGGCAGGAAACAGAGUGCUGAAGGCAAUGGAACAAAGUCACAGUACGGAGAAGGCGCUGACCUCACUGCUCAAAAAUGGACCAGGCGAGCAUGUAGAGGCUGUGAAGAGGCUCCAAAGUUCCGUGAAGCUGCUUCAGAAGAAUAACCUGAACCUGCUCCGCGACAUGGCUGUUCUGAUAGCCCGGGACUUCAAAAGCAAACCUGCUCAGAGUCAGCUCUUGGUGCUACACAGGAAAGAGGGUGACUCUGAAUUUAUGAACAUCAUCGCCAAUGAGAUCGGGACAGAGGAAACGCUGCUGUUCCUGACCGUGGGAGAUGAAAAGGAAGCAGGACUCUUUCUUCUAGCCGGACCCGUUGAAGCGGUUGAAAAUUUAGGUCCCAGGGUGGCCGAGCUGCUGGGAGGCAAAGGAGCCGGGAAACGCGGCCGCUUCCAGGGCAAGGCGACCCAGAUGAGCCGGCGAGGAGAAGCGCAAGCUCUGCUCCAGGAAUUCAUCAGCCGCCGAAGCCCCGAAGCCUAAGAAACAACUCCUGAAGUGGAGCUGUUCUCCCCGCUUUGUGUAAUCUCCACCAAUUUCUCCACCAGAGAAUAAAGACGUAAUAAAAUAA